CACUUCUAUAACGGCUGUGGUAGAAAUGCACGCCGCACAUGAUUAAACAAGUGAUGUCAAAUCUCAAGUGUCUUUAGGAUUUACGUGUAAUUGAGUAAUGGAGAGGACAAUGUGGAUCACAAUUCUGCGAUAGGCAAGACAGCCUGUGUCAAAGCCUUUGAAACUGAACUCGCACGAACCAUAACAAAGAGGUGGUUACAUUAUGAGGACGCUGUGCUUUGAGACAAGAGAUUGUAUCUUGCACAAAAGCGCAUCAUAAAAAAUACCAUGGAUGAUAACGUUCCAGAAAGUACAGAAGAGAGGUCAGAAAGCAGAGGGAAUGUUUCAUCACACAAUAAGAUGGUGCAUGCAAACUCCCCUGUCUGCAAUGCCCAAGCCAGUACAUCUGAAUUAGAAAAUGAUGCUACUUUUGACCUUCCAAAUCAGAGUUCCACUGACCAGGAUGAUGUGCCACAAAGUGAUGAUGAGGAAGAAGUACAACAAAUGGUCAGCAAUCCUGGCUCUGAGAAGAAUGUGAAAAAAAGACUGUACAAUAAAAGACAAUAUUGUCUCUACUGCAAGAAACCUUACUCUAAAAUCUCCAGACAUCUAGAACGGAAACAUUCUAAGGAACCUGAUGUGGCAAGGGCAAUUGGAUUUCCUAAGAACUCGAAGGAGAGACAGUUGCAUCUAAAACUCCUUCGAAACAGAGGGAAUUUGGCACACAAUGCUAAGGUCGUACAAACAGGAGAAGGGAAUUUGGUAGCAUGCAAGACACCAAAAUAUGGGAUGCAGACGCACGACUUUGCACCUUGUACAUUCUGCCAGGGACUAUUCACAAAAAAGGUCUUAUGGCGACAUGUGAGGAUAUGUGAGUUUAGGCCAGACGAUUUCAAAGCCAGACCAGGUAGAAACCGAGUGCUGUCUGUGUGUGCUCUACCACUUAUCAAGACGGACAUUAGUCACUUCCAGGAAGACUUCCAAGAAGUGGUGAAGCAAAUGACCCCAGAUCAGGUCUCCAUUGAAGUGAUGAAAGACAAAAACAUAAUGAGGUUCGGACAUCAAUUGUACAGAAAACUUCGUAACAGUGAUGCCAAGGAUGAGUACAUUAGACAAAGGAUGAGAGAGCUCGGAAGACUCCUCUUGAGUGCUAAGAAAGUGACAAAUAAUCUCAAAACCUUAAAUGAUUUGAUCAAGCCUAAAAACUUCAUGCAAACGGUGAAGUCUGUGAAGGAUGUUGCUGGUUAUGUGGGAAAAACAAACAUGUAUAAAAGCCCAACACUUGCCCUGAAACUAGGGCAUAGUUUAUCAAAAAUAGCAGCACUUGUUGAAAGCAAUGCACUUAUCGAAGGUGACUUGGACACUGCUGAAGCUGCUGGAAAUUUCCGCAAAAUCUACAAUGCCAAGUGGAAUGAACUGGUUUCUGCCACUGCCAACAGGACCCUUGAAAUGGCACAGAACCAGGGGAACUGGGAUUCUCCUCUAGUUCUGCCUUUUACAGAUGAUGUGAGAAAGUUACAUUCAUAUCUAAAUGAUAAGUCACGGGAGUACUACAAGGCCUUAUCUACAAAUGCUAGCACUGAGAAUUGGGCAAACCUUACAAAGGUCACCUUGACCAAGAUAAUAUUGUUUAAUCGUUGGAGAAGUGGGGAAGUGUCUAAAAUGUUGCUCUCCAGCUUCAUCGUGAUCGAUCAAUCAGAACCAAAUUCAGAGGUAAUAGCGGGGCUCUCGAGCUUGCAACAGAAGCUAUGUAAUCACUUUCAGAGGUUGGAAAUACGAGGCGACUGUGACAGAAAAUUUGCCCUUCUCCUUACUCCAGACAUGUGCAAAUCACUAGAGCUCCUUGUGGAAAAACGGGAUGCUUGCGGGGUAGAGGAGGAGAAUCCUUACUUCUUUGCAAGACCAGCUGGGGCGUCCUACUUCCGUGCAGCUUACUGUUUACGGCACUAUGCUGUAGCGUGUGGUGCUAAGAGUGCAGAUAAUUUGUGCUCCCCAAAGUAUCGAGACCGAGUUUGGACCAUCUCGAAGGUGCUGAAUCUGACCAGCACCGAACUGAAGCACUUUCUUGGUUUUCCCAUUCCAAUCAUCCAAGAACAGGUUUAUCAUCUACCUGAGGGCACCUUGCAACUUGCUAAAGUAUGCAAAGUUUUACUGGCAUUUGAAAGGGGACAGCAUGCAGAGCUACAAGGAAAGACGCUAGAUGAUAUCUACAUUGACUCCGAUGAGAAAGUAUGGAAAAUUGUGGAGGAAGAAGAAGAAGAAGAUGAUGAUGAUGAUGAUGAUGAGACUAAUACUGAAUCGGGAAUGAACGGUGGCCAUGAAGCGCAAAUGUUAACCAGGGCUCAGUCCGUAUUAACACAGAACGCUAGUAAUGCCAUUCCAGGCUAUUCCAGGCAAGGUCAAUCAGCACCAAGAAAAUGGAUCAGAGGUGUGAAGAAAUGUAAGCCGGCCUCCAUAUCCCUGAAGAACAAGUAUUUAAAGGGCAGGAGGCUGGUCAGAGAGAAGAGGAGUGAGGCCGCUGCAAAGGACUGUGAUGGGCAGCAGUUCUCAUUCAUGGGCCUCUUGGAGAACGUAGGAGAAGAAACGGUUACGGCCUCUUACAUGUCACAGUCCGAGCCAUCAUUCCAAUCCUUCUCCCAGCCCCUGUCACAAUGCGGCUCACAAUCCCAAUCCCAGUCAGAGUCAUGGUUUGAGCCCCUUUCCCACUUCACUCAACAGGCCACACCAGUAGACCAGAACUCCUAUCCUCUUCAGCCCCAAUCCACGCCACAGUGUCAGUCUACACCAGGGGCGGUAAUGGAGGGGCCGUCCACAGCCACGGCUCCACAGGGCACUGGGAGGAGGAGGACUAGACCAGACCAGGGACAGAUGGACAGUUUUGAGAGUAGUGUAAUGUCUGUCAUCCAGCAGAACAUGAAUGAAGAGACCCUCUUUCUGCUCAGUCUGGCUCCUCGGCUUCGUGGCCUACCGGGGGAGAAGAGGACCCAGGUGAAAAUGGAUUUCCUUACCAGCUUACAAAGGGCUGAGUUUCCAGAGUGA